AGUACACACCUCUGAACAAAUAUUUUUUGUUCAAGCCUAUCCAAUAGACGGAUGAAACGUUGCGGACUGAUGACCCACCUUGAAACAUGCGUAGAAACAAAGUACGGAAGUGAAAGUGAACUAAUAAGAGUUGAUACAAAAAGCGUAUCGUUUAGUAAGUUAGACAGUUGUUACGUUUUUAAGAAAACUAUAUUUACGCUUGUUCAAGCUGUAACAAUGGAGAGAAACGUAGGAUUGCUAUCAGCUUUUCUUCUCUUGUCACUGUCAACUGUGCAGGGAUGGAAUAAUGAAGACAAAGUUCUGCUGAAGGAUAUCCAAGCCAUCACACUUCAUCGAAAUCGCUACACAAAUGCUCGUCGAGCAAGUCCUAUUCCACAGCUGCAGUGUACUGGAGGCUCUGCAGGUUGCAGUGCAUUUGUUCCAGAGGUGGUGCAGUGUCAGAGCAGAGGCUGGGAUGGUUUUGAUAUACAGUGGGAGUGUAAGACAGACAUGGACACUUCCUACCGAUUUGGUACAGUGAGUGUAAGUUGUGAAGGCUUUGAUUAUCCUGAUGAUCCAUAUGUUUUAAGAGGGUCUUGUGGACUGGAGUACACACUUGAAUUAACAGAAGCAGGAAGAAAGAGACAUGGAAGCUCCUUUGGCAAUGGAAUCUUUGGCUCUGGUUUUUCAGCUGGCAAAGGUUCCUCUGAAUUUAAUGGAGUAGUUGUGUUAGUUAUCUUCCUCGUCCUUGCUUAUGGAGUUUAUAAGAUGUUUCUGUGCAGGCCACAGCAUCCUAAUCAGCCUUAUGCUGAUGGUACUGACUCUUCUUAUGGCUUUAGUGGGCAAAACACUUUUGGCCCUUCCCCUCCUGGAUUUAUGGGUCCACCCCCUCCUGGUUUCAAUCCAGAUGUGACUGGUAGCUCAGCUGGAAGUACUAGUAGCAGUGGAGGAUUUGGCUUUGGUAAUGUGUUCAAUCAACAGAGACCUACUGGAAGCUCAGGGCCUGGAUUUUGGUCUGGCUUUGGGACAGGAGGUGCCCUAGGUUAUCUUUUUGGCAAUCAAAAUGCACAGAGGAGCAAUUCACCAUUUGGCAAUUGGGGCAGUACUGGAAACUCAUCUUCAAUGUUUGGAAGCACCAGUACUUCAAAUACCAAACCUCCUGAAAGUUCAACGCGAACAGCAUCAGGUUUUGGUGGAACUAAAAGAAGAUGAAAAGAGAUGGAAUUGUUUUUAUUCAAGAAACCUAUUUAUGUUGCUUCUUUGAAAGUUUUAGGUGUAAAUGAGCUGUGAAAUUAUUUUAGACUGUUAAUGAUUUAGCAAUUAAGACUGUUUUUAUUUCUGUUCAAAACUGUGCCUGGUGCAAUGACAUAUGCUCUCUUUCUGGUGUACAUAUCCUCUACAUUCUGGAGUAUCUGCAUUAUUUUUCCGACCGUAUACCGAUAAUGUUGCUAUUACUGAAAAUAUUUGCAGAAGUUUUAUAAGACUAAUGUGAAAUGUUAGCUUGUAUUUGUAAAUCAAAAAUAUUUUAAGCAUGCACUGAAUGAGAAAAAAAAUAUAUAUAUAUAUUGUUAAAC